AUGGCAGAGAAGGAUUUCCGUGGGGCAGCUGCAGAUGCCGCAGCUGCAGCGGCCAAAGUGCCGCCGCCACCCCUCCCGCUGCCACCGAACCUCACCGUGGCGCAGCUCCCAAAGCUCCUCCGUCCCACGGGGAAGCGACGCUUCCAGGCAGCUCGAGGACCUGGGUCUGGAGUGCCCAGCACCGCGGAGGGGACAAGCGACGCAGCCGGGCCAGCCAGCGCAGCCGAGAUAGUCAGCGAAGCUACGGAGGUAGCAAGGGUGUUGAACCCUGGAACGCAGCUGCCCGAAGCUGAUGUUCGGAACGUCGCCGCCGAGCGGCCCAUGCCAGGAGGAAGCUCGUCUGAAGGCCGCGCAUGCGAAGGAAUGGUUCAAGGUGACGAUAGCUCUGGAGAUGGACCGGGACAGGAGUCCUUGGAGCUUCUACCAUCUCAACAAACAUCUGGGAGUCUGCUCUCCAGUUGCCCGAAAGAGGACCUGGUCAGCAAACCUCCGAGCUCCGAGCAAAGUCUGGCUCCACAAGCUGGCUGCAGCCAAAGCGCGGUAUUGCCAGUUCUUCAUCUCCUUGAUGCAUCUACGCUGGACAAACCCGAUGGGGACACGGCGAGCAAGGCAAAGCCUGACAACCAGCUGGCCGCAGAAGUGUCUCACAUCCUCAGCGACGUUGGAGCACUCUCUUCAGAGUGUGACAGGCUCUUUAAGGAGACCUGCCCAUCAGGAGAUACAACCUUCAUGCGUGCAGAAAGGCUGCACAAGCUUACGCAAAGGCUCAUUGACUGGUUUGGCUGCACAUCCCCGGACACGUUGGACAGAAUUGGUCAUGUCUACAUGGCCGCCACAUCUGGAAGACAUGAGCAAGGCCUGGCUCAGCUGGAGUUCCGCGGAUACGUUGCGGCGGUACUGACACAAGUCCUUCGAGACUUGGAAUUAAGAAUUGUCCCAAAGGAGGCUGGAAAGGAUCACAAGGAGAUGGAGUUCUCUACAGAGCAAGAAGACGGGAGUCUUCGGCAGGAGCAUGCUCUGGAUGAGGAGGACGCUGCUGCCGCCGCUGAUGAAGAAUCCGACGGCUCCGGCAUGAUGGAGGCUCUACAAGGCUGGCUACAGCAGCUGACGUCAUCAUUUGCAUAG